GCUACAAACAAUAUAUCAUCAGCAUUAAUGUUGACUGGUAAUUCGAUCUCCAUCAUUCAUCAUCGACGACGACGACGAUUGUUUAGUGCUUAAGAAAAAUGGCAGCCGUACAAUUAUCGAAUGUAAAUUUUUUCUACACAAAACAACGUCCAAUAUUGGAAGAUAUUAAUCUUCAAGUACCAUAUGGUAAAAUAUACAGUUUGUUGGGUCCAAGUGGUGCCGGUAAAACAACUUUACUUCGAUUAGUUCUUGGUCGUAUCAAAGCAAAUUCCGGUCAAAUUCGUGUACUUGAUAGUUUACCUGGUCAAAAUAAUCGUAUCAUUGGUUAUAUGCCACAAGAUCAAGCAUUAUGUCGUACAUUUACCGUUGAACAAACAUUACAAUAUUUUGCUAAUCUUUAUCGUUUAACACGAAAAGAAUUUCGUUUACGUAAACAAAAUUUACAAAAAAUAUUAGGAUUACCCGAUGAUAAUAAACUUAUUUCGGAAUUAUCUGGUGGCCAGCAAAAAAUUGUAUCACUUUCGGUUACAUUUUUACAACGACCAAAAUUAAUGAUAUUAGAUGAACCAACUGUUGGUAGUGAUCCAACAUUAGGUGAUUAUAUAUGGAAAUAUUUACAUUUACUUUGUCAACAGGAUAAUAUUGUUAUUAUUGUUGUUACACAUUAUAUUGAAGAAGCAAGCCGUGCACAUAUUGUUGGUAUUAUGCGUGAAGGUCGUAUACUUGAAGAAGAUGAUCCAUUAUCAUUAAUUGAACGUUAUGAACAACAAACAUUAGAAAAUGUUUUUCUUUAUCUUUGUGAACAUGAUCCAAAACCAAAAAUCGUUAAUAAUAAUAAUAAUUAUAAUAAUGAAACAAAAAAUAAUAAUGAAAUUAUUAUUACAAAUAUAAUCAAUGAAAAAAAUCAUCAAAAAUCGAUUAAUAUGGAUAAAAAUUCAUUGAAAAAUAAUGAAAAAAAAUUAUCAAAUAUUUAUCAAACAUCAAAAUGGUCAACAAUUAUACUUAGCAUAUGGAUACUUAUUGUUUUAAUACAUAAAAAUUUAUCCAAAUUUUUUCAAUUAAACAUAACAACAUUAAUAUUUUUAAUACCAGCAUUUCAAACAUUAAUUCUUGGUCUUAUGUAUGAUGUUGAUGAUGUUGCUAUUAAAAUCGGUGUUUGUAAUCAUGAACCAGAUCCUUAUUAUUCAAAUCGUUUAUUUGAUUUUAUUGAAAAAGUUGAUAUAUAUUAUUUAAAACCAAUAUACUAUGAUAAUGAAAAACAAGCAAUGAAUGCACUUGAAUAUGGUCAUAUUGUUGGUAUAUUAAUAUUUGAUGCAAAUUUUACUGAUUCAAUUAUAAAUCGUAUUAUCGAUCCUGAUUCAAUGACAAAUGAAACAUAUCAAUCAAGUAUAAUACGUAUUCAUAUGGAUAAUUCAAAUUUUCUAUUUGCACAAGGUUUAAUCGAUUCAUUAAGACAAACUGUUUAUAAUUUUCUAACAAUGGUACAUGAAGAACAAAAUCUAACCAGAUUUGAAGCACCAUUAGAUUUACAUGAAAUAAUCUAUGCAAAAGAUUCAAAAAUAUCUGAUUUUCUAUUACCUGGCUAUUUAAUUGCAUUCAUUUAUCUAUCACAAUUAACAAUAUCAGCACAACUUUUAGUACAGGAACGUAGUGAAGGCCUGUUUGAACGUUCAUUAGUUGCUGGUGUUAGCCAUAAUCUUGUAUUAUUAUCACAUUUCUUUUCAAGUUUUGUUGCUUCUGCUAUUCAAGUUUCAUUAAUGUUAUUUGUUGGUUUAUUUGUAUUCGAAAUGAUUAAUGAAGGUCCAAUUUGGUUAGUAUUUACAAUGGUUAUGGCACAGGCUUUAUCAUCGGUUGCAACAGGAUUAUUAAUAUCAUCGAUGGUAAAAGAAGGAUCAACAGCAACAAUGUUUUCAAUAUUUUUAACAUUUUCACAAGUAUUCACAAGUGGUACAAUAUUUCCACGUGAAUUAGUACCAGAAAAUUUUCAAUAUUUAGUUGAUUUUAGUCCAAUUAGUAUGCCAUCACAAUCAUUAAGAAAUGUUAUGUUACGUGCAUGGCCAUUAACACAUCCAAAUGUUUAUAAUGGUCUGGCAUUGAAUAUUAUUUCAACUAUUUUAUUAUUAAUUAUUUCAGGAUUUUUAUUCAAAAAAUUCGCCUGAAAAAAUAUCCUUUUAAAAAAAAAUUUUAAGAAAAUUCAUCAAUAGAUGGCGAUAGCCAUUUCAGAUAGGCUUAUCUUUUAUUAU